UUGUGAUGUGGACAGAUGAGACCUUAGAUGCCAACACUACAGUCUCCAACACACUCUUUGCUCAGGGAGAAAACAUGACCAUGUAUUGCUGGCUGAUCGACCCAGCUGUUGACACCCCAGAGAAGAGACAGUCUCUGUUUAACACACACUCAGCUCUGGGCCAGACUCCUGCCCUCACUGUAUACAACAGGACAUGGAGUCAGACUUUCCACUUUCCAGCUACAAACCAGUCCAACUCAACUGUCAUGUCUUGGGAGCUGACAAUCCCCACAACAGAGUUCAGUCACCAAGAGCCCAUCCUACACUGGUUGCUAGGCGACCGUCUCCCAGCCCCACCCGUCCUGUGGGAGGGGGACACAGAACAGCUGGUCAUCACUAAGAGCCCCUGUUCUCCUGAUGUGGCCGUUCUGGGAGUGGCAGAAAAUAACACAUCCACUGGAGUCGUGUUAGCUGUGACGUACCACCGCUUCGAGGAUAAUUAUACCACAUGGUUCAACAUAACACAGAACCCCAGUCUCUGUAACAUCUCUACAGACUGUUCUUCGCUGCGAUUGGUCGAUAUGAUGCUGACCAAUCAUCACCUGCUUCUCCUGACCAACCAGGGCCUGUUUGUAAGCAGGGACCUGAUUGGCUGGGACAGUCUUGCCCAGGUUCGGUUCCUCAGUACACCCAUCAACAGUCUUAUGUCAGCCGACUUCCAGGCAGGUAAUGUGAGCAGGACCAACACCCGACUCUGGAACACACCUGAGUGUGAGUCUGUCACACCUGGACACACACCUGACCAACAGCAGCAGUUACUACAGCACAGCUCCCUACAUGACAUGGCAGACCCUGUCACCCCCGGGGACAGCUGACAGUGGUACAGUCCUGGCUGCUGCUUACGACAUACAGAAGGACUACUUUGUCAUCCUCAAACAAA